GCUAUCAAUCUUGAAGGAGGCAAAGCAGAGAAUCCACAGUAAUCCUUAUAAUCAUCUGUUUCCAUCUCUUUGAAACAUCUUUAAAACCAUGGCUGACCCUUGCCCUAAUUUCUUCACUGGAUGGUUCAACUACACUUCUUUCUUAGAUCCCUCUCUUAAUGAUUUCAACAGCAAAUCUUCCAUUGAAUCCACACCCUAUUCUUCUUCUUCUUCUUCUUCCUCCCAAUAUGAAGCUCUUCCUCUUAUUGACUACUUAAAUCCUCCAACAAGGCAACAAGAAGAUCCCCAUGAAUCCUCCACUAGUUCCAUGGAAGAUGAAAAUAAUUACAUAAAAAAAGACAGUUUUGAUAGUAAUAUUACUUUGGCUGUUGCUCUAAACAUUGGUCUCUCUAGCCCUAGUUCUGAUCUGGGUUCUAGGGUUUCCCCUCCAUUGAUAGAUGAAAGUGCAGUUUUAGGGUACCCUUUAUCCAUUCAUAAACUCAACAAGGCUCAGUAUUGGAUUCCUACUCCUUCUCAGAUCCUCACUGGUCCUACUCAAUUUUCAUGUCCUGUUUGCCUCAAAACCUUUAACAGAUACAACAAUUUGCAGAUGCAUAUGUGGGGACAUGGAUCACAAUAUAGAAAAGGACCAGACUCAUUAAGAGGAACCCAACCAACAGCAAUGCUAAGGCUCCCAUGUUAUUGCUGUUCUUCAGGCUGCAAACACAACAUUGAUCACCCAAGAGCAAGACCACUCAAGGAUUUCAGAACUCUCCAAACUCAUUACAAGAGAAAACAUGGAGUCAAACCCUUUAUGUGUAGAAAAUGUGGGAAGCCAUUUGCUGUUAAAGGUGACUGGCGAACCCAUGAAAAGAAUUGUGGCAAGCUUUGGUAUUGUAUAUGUGGCUCUGAUUUCAAGCAUAAAAGGUCUCUUAAAGAUCAUGUUAAGGCAUUUGGUCAUGGCCAUGAAGCUCUUGGUAUUGAUUGCUUGGAAGAAGAAGAUGAACUUGCUUCUGAAUUUGAACUUGAUGAUGAACCUGCCUCUGAAUUUGAACUUGAUGCGUCCGCCCUAGUCGGAGUUGAUCGGGGACGUAAAUUUCUUUAGAAGAAACGUUCCGAUUUUCCGUCCUGGUUGGUAUGAACUCCGCCACUGCCUCAAUGUGAUGAUGUAUAUGUGAGAACAAUUGUUUUAAUAAGGUGAGUUUUGUUUUGUUUUUCUUGCUUAUAAGUUUAGCAGGAUGCUCAUUUUGAUUUCUUGAUGUUCUUUUUUGAUGUUGGUGAUGAAGUUGUGUUCAUUUUCAUGUGAUUAUAAUUUGCCAAGUUUAUGUAAAUACACCUAUUUAAUAAUGAAGUGCAAAGUUUC